AUGCUAUUCAAAGGAAUAAGAUACGCUAAGAGUUACUUUCAUGGUGCCUCAAAUAUUCCCUUAACUUAUAAAACAGUUGGGUAGCAAUUACAUGAUAUAACUGAGAAAUACCCUGAUAAUUUAGCCGUAACUAUGCUAUAUAAGGAUUUCAGGUGGUUUCGUAAUUGCAAGAUGUUCAAUUGACUUAUAGUGAAUUCUACAAGAGAUCAAGAGAGUUGGCUGCUGCCUUUAUAGCUUUAGGAUUAGAGAAAGGUGAUAGAAUAGGAAUCUUUUCACCUAAUAAUGUGGAAUGGGCUUUAACAUAAUUUGCAGCAGCUUUAGCUGAUUUAAUAUUGGUGAAUAUUAAUCCAGCCUAUUAAACUAAUGAAUUAGAAUAUACAUUGAAUAAAGUUGGAUGUAAAGCCUUGAUAUUGAGAUCUACAUUCAAACAUUCAAAUUAUGUUUCUAUGAUAAAAGAACUAGCACCAGAAUUAGAUUAACCAGGUAAUCUAAAUUCAUAGAGAAUUCCAUCAUUGAAAAGUAUUCUUAUAUACACUAUAAUUAGGUGUGAUAUUGAUUGAUGAUAUUCAUAAAAAGGGGUUUUUUAAUUUUAAAGAACUCUUUUCUAUUUUUGGAACUUCUCAUUUGAAUGAAGUUGAUUAAAGAAUGUCUAAUUAAGAUCCAGAUGAUAUUACAAAUAUUUAAUUUACAUCUGGAACAACAGGAGCACCAAAAGGAGCUUGUUUAAGUCACUUAAAUAUAUUGAAUAAUGGUAAAUAUGUUGGGGAAAGAGUACAUUACACAUAAAAUGAUAGAGUAGCUAUAGCUGUACCUUUAUAUCAUUGCUUUGGAAUGGUAAUGGGUAAUUUGGCAUGUAUCAAUUAUGGAUCUACAAUGGUUUAUCCAAGUGAUGGCUUUAGUGCAGGAGCUACAUUAGAAGCAAUUACAAAUUAUAAAUGUACAUCAAUUUAUGGAGUUCCAACAAUGGUAUUAUAUAUUAUAUCUAUAAAUAUAGUUUAUUGAAUAUCUGAAUGAAUAUUAGAGACAUAAAUAAAAAUAUGAUGUAUCUACAUUAAGAACUGGUUUAAUUGCAGGAUCUUUGGCAUCAGAAGCAUUAAUGAAAUAAAUUAUCAAUGUUUUAGGAGUUAGAGAUAUCUCAAAUUGUUAUGGUUAAACUGAAACAAGUCCUGUAACAUCAUAGACUAAAACUACAGAUUCUUUUGAAAUAAAAACUAGCAAAGUUGGAUUACCUAUGAAUAUGGAAGUUAAAAUAGUUGAUUCAAAUGGAAAUAUAGUACCUUAUGAUACACCAGGUGAAUAUUGUUCAAGAGGAUAUGCAGUUAUGAAAGGAUAUUGGGGUGAUAAUAAAGCUACUAAAAAUACUAUUGAUGAAAAUGGAUUUUUACAUAGUGGAGAUUUAGCUACAAUGGAUAAAAAUGGUUAUGUUGCAAUAGUUGGUAGAAUCAAAGAUAUGAUUAUAAGAGGUGGUGAAAAUAUAUAUCCUAAAGAGAUUGAAGAUUACUUAUCUCAUUUAUAAGGAGUUGAAUAAGUUUAAGUAGUUGGUUGUUUUGAUGAAAAAUAUGGAGAAGAAGUUGUAGCAUUAAUUAAAAUGAAAAAAGAAGCAGAACAACUUACUGGAUUAGAUGUCUAUUAAUUUUGUCAUAAAAAAAUUGCACAUUACAAAAUUCCAAAAUAUGUUAAAUUUGUUAAUGAUUUUCCAUAUACAGUAACAGGUAAACCAUAAAAGUUUAAAAUGAGAGAUGAAAUAAAUAAAGAACUUGAAGAUCCAAAACUUAGAGAAUUANAAUUCAUAGAGAAUUCCAUCAUUGAAAAGUAUUCUUAUAUACACUAUAAUUAGGUGUGAUAUUGAUUGAUGAUAUUCAUAAAAAGGGGUUUUUUAAUUUUAAAGAACUCUUUUCUAUUUUUGGAACUUCUCAUUUGAAUGAAGUUGAUUAAAGAAUGUCUAAUUAAGAUCCAGAUGAUAUUACAAAUAUUUAAUUUACAUCUGGAACAACAGGAGCACCAAAAGGAGCUUGUUUAAGUCACUUAAAUAUAUUGAAUAAUGGUAAAUAUGUUGGGGAAAGAGUACAUUACACAUAAAAUGAUAGAGUAGCUAUAGCUGUACCUUUAUAUCAUUGCUUUGGAAUGGUAAUGGGUAAUUUGGCAUGUAUCAAUUAUGGAUCUACAAUGGUUUAUCCAAGUGAUGGCUUUAGUGCAGGAGCUACAUUAGAAGCAAUUACAAAUUAUAAAUGUACAUCAAUUUAUGGAGUUCCAACAAUGGUAUUAUAUAUUAUAUCUAUAAAUAUAGUUUAUUGAAUAUCUGAAUGAAUAUUAGAGACAUAAAUAAAAAUAUGAUGUAUCUACAUUAAGAACUGGUUUAAUUGCAGGAUCUUUGGCAUCAGAAGCAUUAAUGAAAUAAAUUAUCAAUGUUUUAGGAGUUAGAGAUAUCUCAAAUUGUUAUGGUUAAACUGAAACAAGUCCUGUAACAUCAUAGACUAAAACUACAGAUUCUUUUGAAAUAAAAACUAGCAAAGUUGGAUUACCUAUGAAUAUGGAAGUUAAAAUAGUUGAUUCAAAUGGAAAUAUAGUACCUUAUGAUACACCAGGUGAAUAUUGUUCAAGAGGAUAUGCAGUUAUGAAAGGAUAUUGGGGUGAUAAUAAAGCUACUAAAAAUACUAUUGAUGAAAAUGGAUUUUUACAUAGUGGAGAUUUAGCUACAAUGGAUAAAAAUGGUUAUGUUGCAAUAGUUGGUAGAAUCAAAGAUAUGAUUAUAAGAGGUGGUGAAAAUAUAUAUCCUAAAGAGAUUGAAGAUUACUUAUCUCAUUUAUAAGGAGUUGAAUAAGUUUAAGUAGUUGGUUGUUUUGAUGAAAAAUAUGGAGAAGAAGUUGUAGCAUUAAUUAAAAUGAAAAAAGAAGCAGAACAACUUACUGGAUUAGAUGUCUAUUAAUUUUGUCAUAAAAAAAUUGCACAUUACAAAAUUCCAAAAUAUGUUAAAUUUGUUAAUGAUUUUCCAUAUACAGUAACAGGUAAACCAUAAAAGUUUAAAAUGAGAGAUGAAAUAAAUAAAGAACUUGAAGAUCCAAAACUUAGAGAAUUGUAUUAAAUCAGAUGA